AUGGAGAUCGAUCCGACCAGAAGAAACAAAAAGCCGCGUCUCCUGCUAGAAUCCGAGCGAGAACGGCUGGAUGAAUUCAUCGACUCAAUCCACUAUUCGGCAAGGUACUCCGAUGACAAGUUUGAAUAUCGCCAUGUCCAGCUGCCUAAAAACAUGCUGAAGAAAAUCCCGGCCGAGUACUUCGACAGCGCAAAGGGGACAUUGAAACUGUUGUGGGAGGAGGAGUGGCGCGCGCUGGGGAUCACACAGGUGGCGUCGCCCAAUACGACCGAGAGAGCCAAGGCUAACCUGCUUCUCGCAGAGCUUGGGAUGGGAACACUACGAGGUGCACGAGCCAGAGCCGCACAUCCUGCUAUUCAAGUUGGUCUUGCCCAUGGACACCAUUUUCUCGCGCGCCGCUAA